AUGGAUCUCUUCUCGAUAGCUUCCAAUUUGCAACAAAUAGCCAUUGGAGGUGUAAACUUUGUAAACAACAAGCUAAGAAAAAAAAGCGUAAGCACAGAAUGUAAUUACAUCACAUAUAUUGUUAUAGGCGAAAAUGAAAAACAGCCAUACGACACAAACAUAUUUUUCCUGCCAUUUAAAAUUUGCGGAAAAAUAAAAUUAAAGGAGUUUAAAGAAUUUUUCCCCUUUAAGGAUAACGUUAUUUUUCGCUUUAAAAUCCCCGUGGUAGAUUUAAUUGAUGUUAUUAACGAGGGUAUAGUAAACCACGCACCUUUGAUGAAGGAAGAUACAAAUGAGCAAAACAAAGAGAAAAAUAUAAUUUCUGACGAAAAUGAAAUAAAAAAUAUAUUAAGACAAGACCAGUUCAGUCACCUAUGGGUAGACAUAACCAAUGAAGAGGCCUACAUACCAUUCUACAAUUCAAAAAUUGUUGUAAAGGUGUUAUUUAUUAAUAAUGAAGAAUAUAGGGAGUACACCGAUAUUUAUUUUAAAAAUUUUCAGUGCUGUGAAUCAAAUCGCCCUAUUUACACCCUGAACGAUACCAACCCCUGUUCCUACAUUGUACUAGGGGAAGAAGAAAAUGACAAAAGGAAUAGCACAGAUAAUGAAGAAGAAGAAGAAGAGGAAGAAGAAAAAGACCAUUAUUUCGACGAACAUAUGAAUGAAACAUCACCUUCUAACCAUUUGAAAAAUCGGCAUCCCUCAAAUCAUACGGACAACAUCCCCAGUAGCCACAGUAACAAUAAGCACACACAUCAUCUGGAGGAUGAGGCGGAAAAUUUUGUUCAUAAUGAGUAUGUCCGAAAUGACCCUCAAAGUGAAGCGACAUACAAAAAGGGUUAUCCCUCCGAGAUGCCUCAACAUAAGCAACACCAAAAUAACGCUAACAGAAAGAGAGAAGAUGACAAUUUUUUUCAAAGUAUUAAAAAGGAAGCAAGUAAGAAUAAAGCGAGUGAAUAUAUUUUGCAAAAAAACAGUUACACUUCCACCACAAAUUUGCUGCUAUCUGGCAGAAGUAAUGUCCAAGGGGGGUAUGAAGACAUGCCCAUGGGAAGGGAAAACAACGGAGCUAACAGUGGCCCAUAUAAUAGUCCGGACGUGGACAAAAAAGAACGGCAAGAUGUCAUCAAAGCGAAUGUCAGUAAUCGACUGCAGGAACUAAAAGAUUUCCGCACCCAGGAAGAAGCGAAAUUUAAAGAAAAGGUGAUCCUAUCUGAACAUAUUAAAAAACAAAUUGUUAAGUGGUCCAAGAAUUUGGAUGGAUCAUACAAAGAUGUAAAGGUCAUGCUAAGCACAUUAAAUGAAGUCUUGUGGGAUGACUCUGAAUGGAGACAAGUGCCCAUGUCGGAGUUAAUAUCCAAUUCGACCAUGGUGAAGAAGGCGUACAAAAGUGCUAUACUCCUGUGCCACCCAGACAAGCACAGGGGAAAACCUGUGGAGCGAGUGCUAAGAGCAGAGAUGAUCUUCCAAGCGUUAAACAAUGCCUACAAGGAAAAAAAAAACAUGUGA